GCUCAUUGUUAAAUUUUGCCUGUUUCUUCCCUUCGCAAACAUGGAAGCGAUAAGGCGAAGAUAUCCAUGUAAUAAAACGCCUUCUUCCUAAUUGGCCUGAGCUCCCACCUCCUCCAACCGACGUCGACUCCCCAACGGAGAAAAAGCCAGAGCACCACCAACCUUUUCAGGAACACUCAUAUUCCAAUCCCUUCUUCUACAGCAGAGGCAAAGUUUAUUCUCAGAUCCCAUUGUCCAAGAAAUCCGUUGCAUCUGCUGUUGCCGAGCUCAAAGCCGGGAAGCUGUCGAUUCCCAAUUUUUUCUUAAGCUGGAGGUAUCCUCUUUUGGAAGCAGAUGGGAGAGAACGAUCUAAUACCGGAGAACGAAGGAGAAGAAAAAUCGGUUUCAUCAUAUGAAGCUGAGGUCUGCAGAAGCUCCCUCAGCGACGGAACUGAGAUGCCGGUGAUUUGCAAGGAACCCUCAUUCUCGCGGUGGUGCGACGAGGAAGAGGUAUUCGGUCGCUCGAUUCCAGCGACCGACGGAUCUUGUGAAUGCGGUACUGCGGAAGGAUCCGAGGAAUUUGAUCUUCCGCUUCUUCAAGUUGGGGGAUCUGAGAGAACGCAUCCGAGCUUUGGGGGUAAAUGGUCGAAUGAUUUUAGGCAGCGGAGCAUGAACAUGGCUUCGUUGGAGGGCAAUGGGGAUGGGAAGAGGUAUAUACCUUUAUCCUUUGAUAGUGAGAACAGCGUCCAUAAUAGCGAUUCGGUUGCGAAGCUGGAAAGUUUGGAGGCAGAGCAGAACUCCCUUAAUUACGUCCUUGUGCUUAAGACGUUGUUCUUUAUACUUGUUUGGUACAUCUUCAGUACCUGGUUGACGCUGUAUAAUAAGACACUGUUAGGGGAUGACCUCGGACGGUUCCCAGCCCCAUUGUUGAUGAACACUGUUCAUUUUUCACUGCAAGCUGUUCUGGCAAAGGUCAUUACUUGUUUCCUUUCUCGCCGUUCUGAAAAAAUUUCUACAAUGACAUGGAAGGAUUACUUUUUCAGAGUUGUACCGACAGCUCUUGGAACUGCAUUGGACAUAAACCUAAGCAAUGCUUCACUCGUGUUCAUAUCAGUGACAUUUGCAACAAUGUGCAAAUCCGCUUCUCCAAUAUUUCUCCUUUUGUUUGCUUUUGCAUUUCGCCUGGAGACUCCCAGUUUUAAGCUUCUUGGAAUUAUCUUGAUUAUUUCAUUUGGAGUUCUAUUAACUGUUUUGAAGGAGACACAAUUUGAUUUCUGGGGUUUCGUCCUUGUUAUGCUUGCGUCAGUGAUGUCAGGUUUCCGUUGGUCGAUGACACAGAUCCUUUUACAGAAAGAGUCAUAUGGUCUAAAGAAUCCCAUCACAUUAAUGAGCCACGUGACUCCUGUGAUGGCACUUGCUACAGCAAUUCUCUCUCUUUUACUCGAUCCAUGGCAUGAUCUUAAGUCUAAUAAAUACUUUGAUAGUUCAAAGCACAUGAUUAUAAGCAGUUUGUUGAUGCUUUUUGGAGGGGCAUUGGCAUUUUUUAUGGUUUUAACCGAGUAUAUCCUUGUUUCAGCAACUAGUGCAGUGACAGUAACAAUAGCUGGUAUUGUCAAAGAGGCUGUGACAAUUUUGGUUGCAGUGUUUUACUUCCACGAUCAAUUUACUGUGCUGAAAGGAAUGGGACUUCUGGUAAUCAUUGUUGGAGUUAGCUUAUUCAACUGGUACAAAUAUCACAAACUGCAAAAAGACAAGAUAAGUGCGGCUGAAGCAGCAAACUUUAAAACAUCGAACGGCGCAUCGAAUUAUGUAAUUAUUGAUGAAAUUGAUAUGCUUGAUGAAGAAGAAAUGGAUAUCAAACAUGACAAUACUUGAAUUUUCACCAUCAUGAACAACAGGAGUGAAAACUAACUGAACUUUUGAAUGAUAGAUGCUGGAAAAGCAGUGCCCUUCCUAACUCAUCCGGAGUUUGAUGGGCGCACAAUCGGAGUAUUUUUGUUAGCAUUGAUAGCAUUUUAACUGAGCUGGUUGUCAAGUUUCAGCAUAUGGAGGACGACAUUUACCAGUAAUGCCUCUAAUUCUGUUCAUAUACGACAUGUCUUCGUCCAGUUUGUAUAUCGCAGGACGGGAAAUACUUUAACUCUCGUGCACCGCAAGCUUAUAGAUGCUACGAAGGAUGACUAGAAGUACUGACAAGAAGCUUACUUGGUAUCUAUUAUUUUUUCGAUUUAAGUUUUACAAAAACUUCAUAUUCAUUUUAAAUUCUCAUUCUGUCAAGGGGGAUUUUUCUUUCUUUUGCUCUUGAUCCCAGAAACAAAUCUUCAAAUUAAGCCUUGUAUACAGAUUUUGAGGAGAA